UGAUUAGACGAUUAAAGUGAAAACGAAAGCGUUCUGUUUGUACGCCGGACACAGACGUCCAUCACAUGACCGCGCUCCGGUGCGCGCGGGCGGCUGGUCGAGCGCGCCACCGAAGCUCGAGAUCUCCGGGUGACGGUUCCUGCGCGUGCUGAAGUCUCAUCACAGAAUAACGGGGGCAGGACGCUCCUGAUGAACCUCUCUCUCUUCAGCAGUGAAGCUUACCGGGAUCGUUAUGCUUUCUUUCAGGUUUCGAUUUGCUGUAGAUUCCGAAGAUGUAGCCUACUUUAAAGAGUUUCAUUUUGGACUCCAUCAUUUAUCCAGGAGGCUAUAUUAAUACCUGUCCCAGACGCAAGAGAAACAACUUUCCAUUGUUCAUAAUGCUGCACACUCAUGAACGCGAUCCAAUCUAGACCAGGCGACUAAUAAAACUAAUUCAUCUGUUUCAUCAUCUGUUCACGCGGGGAGUUUUGCAGACAUGGCCCGGUGGAUUUGAUCUGUAUGACCGCGCAACAGGACGCAGUUCACCGCCUCUGCUUCAUCACUAUGUUGGGUAUGACGCGCUGUUGGUGAAACUGAAGCUGUUCAGGUGAGAAGCAUCGUCACCUCCGCUCCCUGACACCUGAGAUGGCCCUCAGCAUCACCGGCUCCAUGCGUGAUUCGGAGGGCCUGUCGGUCCUGGAGCAGCUGGGACUGGACCAGAACUCAGAUUUCUCCGACUCCAGCGUGCAGCAGCGUCUGGACGAGCAGCGAGAGAGGAUUCGGAGAGAGAUCCGGAAGGAGCUGAAGAUCAAGGCCGGGGCGGAGAACCUGCGGCGGGCCACCACAGACAAACGCAACGCCCAGCAGGUGGAGAGCCAGUUACGCAGCUCCAGCCGCAAGCUGGACUCGCUCCACACUCAGCUGCAGGAGCUGGACGCCCACAUCGUGGUCAAGGGUCACGACGACAGCAAAGAUGACCUUCAGCCUGUCAGGACGCCGGGACGCUCCUCAGCCAAUCAGGACAGGAUUAAGGCUCUGGAGCGACAGCUCAACAUCGAGCUGAAGGUCAAACAGGGAGCAGAGAACAUGAUCCCCAUCUACGCCAAUGGGGUCACAAAGGAUAAGAAGCUGCUUCAGUCGGCUCAGCAGAUGCUGCAGGACAGUAAGACGAAGAUCGACAUCAUCCGGAUGCAGAUCCGGAAAGCCAUGCAGGCCACCGAACAGACAGACGACAUUCAGGGUAAGCCGGAUCUGUGCGGGGAGGAGCUCCGUAUCGAGGAACUCUGGCAUCAUUACCGUGUUGAACAUGCCAUGGCUGAGGGCGCCAAAAACAUGCUGAGGCUUCUGGGAGCUGGAAAAGCACAUGACAAGAAGGCCAUGGCCGAGGCUCAGUCUAGUAUCAGCGAAGCGUCCCAGCGCUUGGAUCUUCUGCGAAUGUCUUUAGAGCAGCGUUUGGUCAAUCUACCAGAAGAUCAUCCGAAAGUGUGUCUGAUCAAGGAGGAGUUAGUGCUGGCAUCGUCCUCGUCCUUCAGCUCCCGUCACAGCGCCCCCUAUGUUCAUAAUCAAUACAGCACCCUCAGCAAACCCUCGCCGCUCACCGGGACGCUGCAGGUGCGUCUGCUGGGGUGUGUGGGCUUGUUGGAGAUCGUCCCGGGCCGCAGUCGCUCCUCUCCGCUAGUUUUGCCUCACUUCACUGCUGGAGACGGACGGCCCUUCAAACUCACUCUGAGCAGCAGAAACAGCAGCUUCAGCCUGAAGGCUCCCAGCAAGAGCGAAGAGCUGUCCUCGGAGGUGAGCGCCGUGUUGAAGCUGGAGAACUGUGUGGUGGGACAGACGUGCUGGAAGAGUGUUGGUGAACAGACCUGGGAUCAGACCUUCACACUGGAGCUGGAGAGAUCCAGAGAGAUGGAGAUCGCGGUGUACUGGAGGGACUAUCGCUCGCUCUGUGCGCUCAAGUACCUGAAGCUGGAGGACUUUCUGGACAAUCAGAGACACCGAAUACAGCUGGAGCUGGAACCUCAGGGACAGCUGCUCGCCGAGGUGAUGUUCUUCAACCCCGUGAUAGAGCGAGGUCCACGGCUACAGCGGCAGAGGAAGGUGUUUUCCAAGCAGCAGGGUAAAGCCUUCCUGCGCGCUAAACAGAUGAACGUGGACAUGGCGACCUGGGUCCGUCUGCUGAAGAACGCCAUUCCCAUGAGCUCCUCCACACACAGCGACACACACCACACACACCACAGCAGUGAGAUCUCCAUCCAGAAGAUCCAGCUGGACGGCGACUCUCCUCCAUCCGUGACGAGGAAAGACACACAGACGUCAAACACGGUGGACAUUGUUCCAGUGUCUGAGCCGGUCUCUCCUCCUGAUCCCGCUCCUCCGGAGAAGGCUGUCAGGACCAGUUCCCAAAAUUCCAAGCGCAGGUCUUCCAAAAGCACUCUGUGUCUGCAGGAUUUCCGAAUGAUUGCAGUGUUGGGCCGGGGACAUUUUGGCAAGGUGCUUCUGUCCGAAUACAAACGCUCAGGAAAGGUGUAUGCCAUCAAAGCACUGAAGAAAGGGGACAUUGUGGCUCGAGACGAGGUGGAGAGUUUGUUGUGCGAGAAGCGGAUCUUCGAGACGGUGAACAGCGCACAGCAUCCGUUCCUGGUCAAUCUGUUUGCAUGUUUCCAGACGCCAGAACACGUGUGUUUCGUCAUGGAGUACACGGCUGGUGGAGACCUGAUGAUGCACAUCCACGCUGACGUCUUCUCUGAAACACGCUCUGUGUUUUAUUCUGCAUGUGUGGUUUUGGGCCUUCAGUUUCUUCAUGAUAAUAAGAUUGUGUAUCGAGAUCUGAAGCUGGAUAACCUGCUGCUGGACACUGAAGGUUAUGUGAAGAUCGCAGACUUCGGUCUCUGUAAAGAGGGAAUGGGUCAUGAGGACAGAACCAGCACAUUUUGUGGGACUCCAGAGUUUCUGGCUCCUGAGGUUCUGACAGACACGUCCUACACCAGAGCCGUGGACUGGUGGGGUCUCGGCGUGCUCAUCUACGAGAUGCUGGUCGGAGAGUCGCCGUUCCCAGGUGAUGAUGAGGAGGAGGUGUUCGACAGCAUUGUGAAUGAUGAAGUACGUUACCCAAGAUUCCUCUCCAGCGAGGCCAUUGGCAUCAUGAGACGGCUGCUGAGGCGUAAUCCCGAGAGACGACUGGGCUCCAGUGAAAAAGACGCAGAGGACAUCAAGAAACAACCCUUCUUUAGAACUAUGGACUGGGAGGCACUUUUGCAGCGGCAGGUUCCUCCUCCUUUCGUUCCUGCAGUGAAGGGAAAAGAAGACGUCAGUAACUUUGACGCCGAGUUUACGAAUGAAGCCCCGACGCUGACGCCUCCUCGUGAGCGCCGGACCCUUUCACGCAAAGACCAGGACUACUUCAGGGACUUUGACUAUGUGUCUGACUUCUGCUAGGGCACGAGUGUGCACACUGACGCUGCUAGGUGUGGGAGAUGUGGACCAUUGUGACGAGCCAUCAGUCGUUCCUAGUCCACAUCUAGACUGCUUGGCGUUAGGACUGACGCUUCCUCAGAGGCUUCCUGUCAAUGAAACAUGGGUUUGUUCAACAUGAAAACCACUAUAAAGGGUUCGACAUCACCUGACUGCCUAUAAGAGAGAUUGGAGCUUGAGGAAAUUACUCCAUCUGACUGAAGAAGGUGCAUCUAAGAUGAAGAGAUUCAAGAAUCCACAUAAUGUGAAGCUCUGAAAGCCGGAAGGCAAGAUGUUUUUUUGUCCUGUUUGCAAACUCGCAGGAUUUUUAUGUAGUCAGUCAGGUUCUUACAUAACAUUACCUUUAGCACCAGAAGCUAAUGAAGUCAUGAAUCUUGUGUAUAGAGUGCUGCAGGGAUGACGUGUUUCUGUAAGUCAACGAGUUCGCCUUUCAGCACAUCCUGAUUCUUUAAAUGGGUUUUUGGGUUAAUUGUUUGAAAUAAGGUCUAUGUUUAACACAAGCUCAAGAUAUUUUAACAUUUUAUUCAACGACAUGAAAUGCAUCAAUAAUACUCCCCCGUGUUGAAAAAGUCUGUUGCUAACAAAUGGCUAAAUGGGACUUCAGAUGUGAUACGAAGAUUGCUCUCUUGCUAACUAUUCUUAUCAAAACUUUCAGGGAAGAUGUUUUUAAAUGAUGUUAUAAAAUAAAGUUUACUGGGGUAAACUAUUGUUUACUAUACUAUUGUUUUUUUUUUAUUAUUUGGAGGGAAUAAACAUGAUGUUAACUUAUGGGUUGGCCGACAAAAAUUCAUCCCUGCAGCGCUCAAUGGGAGCUUGUUGACUAGCAGAGUCCAGUUUCAUGGUACUGACCCGAGUAAAAUGGCUCGAAUUCUCA